CCCGAGACCCGGGAUGCAGAGCCCAGCCGAGGGAGGAACAGCAGCGCCGGUUGUGCGGGUGAACAACCUCGGCAGUUUGCCCCAUUGCUCCGCUCCCCCACAAAAGUUAGUAGCCAAGGCAUCUCUUUUUCCCCUCAUCUUCUUCCCGUCGCCCCUAUCCCCUUCUUGUCCCUCCUCGGCCCCCUCUCUCAUGUCGCCACCAAUCGCUAGCAAUUUCCAAACCCACGAGGAGGACCCCAGCCAGAUCUCGGCGUGGUGAUUGCUCAACUUCUUGUACUGUGUAGGCGAGCCGGCUCACCUGCCCCGCCACCAGAGAGGAGGAGGCUUGGGUUCUUGGUCUGCCGAGGAGGGCUUUAGCGAGGAAUCUUGGCGAGAAGUGCCUAGUUUCUGCUAGGUUGGUUGGUGGGGGGCGGUAGGUGCCGUUGCCGUGGCUUCAGUCAUGGAGGCAGUCGAAAUGUCGCCAUCCUCCGCCUCGUCCCACCACCUCGACGCUGCCUCCACCAGCGAGGACAUGCCGUCCUUGCAAGAAGGCCUCCUCUUCUCGGAUAGCCUCAAGGACUUGAGGAAUCUGCGGUCACAACUAUACUCAGCGGCAGAAUACUUUGAAGUAUUCUACAGAAAUAAUUCGCACAGAUCUACUGUGGUGACGAGUUUAAAAGACUACACAGUUGAGGCCCUUGUUAGCACUGUGGAUCAUCUGGGUUUUGUGUCAUACAAGGUGGAUAAUCUUGUCAGCGAAAAAGCUGACGAGGUUAAUGAAACGGAAUUGCGAGUAUCGUCAGUUGAGCAGAGGGUAAGGAUUUGCCAACAGAUGAUUGACCAGGAGGGAAGGUCUCAACAAUCUCUGCUUAUCAGGACACCAAAGUACCACAGGCGUUACAUAUUACCAGGCCCAGAUUUAGUGGAAUCUGCUAUCCAUCCUGUUUCAGAGCCCCCGCGGUAUAACAGGCAAUACACAAGUCGCAAAAUGCGCAAGUCUCAAUCUUCAAUUUCUACUCCAGUUAGUAGGCAGACUACAAUGAGGAGUGUGCGUCCACAGUCCCCUGCAGUUCGUGAAACACAUCAUCGAUCACGAUCCAUGUCACCUUCUCGAAAAGCACGAGCUAAAUCACCAUCACCGUCUCCCCAAGUUGUCAACUCAAAUGCAAAAGAAACAAGAGCAGGCUCGCCAAUACCAUCUGUCAAUCCCCUUGCAAGAUCCGCUACUGUUGCAAGAAGACCACCUGUGGAUCCAAAGCAUUUUAGACAAACUUCGAUGCAGUUGCACUCUAACUUGGACCACCACCACCAAAAAGAGCGGGAGAAAAGCUCUAGCAAAGGCCGGGGCUUCCUCAAGUCAUUGCUGACGAGGCGUCGGUGGAGGAACGACGAGUCCUUAUACAAUUACUUGGACGAGUAUUGAUUACUUAGAAAAGGUUUUAGACUAAAGCUUCUAUAGUUCUAUGUCAACCAAAUCUCAUCUCCCCAUAUGCGAUAUUCAGAGAUCUCAACCCGCCCCUUUUGCCUUGUUGCUCGUUUACUUGCGUGUCAUUUCCAUGUGUGUAAUUAUAGUGCAGAUAGAAACAUCAUCAGUGUUGCUCAUGGGUCAUGGCAUUGCGCGAGCACAUCAUCCGGCAAAUCCCCAGCUUCAGUAAUCAGUACCAUUGCCCACAUGUGUUUCCCAAUUUCUUUGAAUCCACAUCUUGAUGUGAAUGAUAGCAAAUAUACGCUGUGGUGCUGUCGUUUAUGCCUUAUGAUUGUUGGCGAUCUUGUGGAGCACAGCACUGAUGAAUUAUGGCUUGUGUUUUCAGUGGUAGCGACCUGGAUGAUGACAAAGCAGGGGACCUAAACUGGAGUACAAUAGAUCUACAGUAAUCCGGUUAUAAGAUAGGGUUAAGAGAUCUGGAGUCUUAGUUUCCUGUUGUGUCCACUGAGGCUCCUUGUAAUGUAAUGUGGAGUCCUCUUGAUCGUAUCAUAGACGAGGCUUAGGAGUUAAACUUGGCAAGUAAUUUUUGA